AGUUGCCUGGCAACUGAAAUUGGGCGUUCCAAACAAUUGGGACCCGGGCUCCUCCGCGUGCUAGGUUGUGUGCGGCUGCGCGGGUCUUUCAUCCCUCUUAAAAGCGCCUCGCUCGGUGUUUUAUCAUGCCUCUCACCCGAGACCCUUUCCAGAACCCUGCGUUGGAUAAAGAUGAUUCCUACUUGGGAAAAUCGCGGGCUUCCAAGAAACUGCCAUAUAAGAACCCAACUCACCUUGCUCAGCAACAGGAACCCUGGUGUCGACUCAGCUCAACUCCCACAAUUACCUCCAUGAAACGGGAUGUUUGUUUUUUUCAUUCAGAGAUACCAAAGGAUGACCUGGAUUUCCGCUUAGCGGCCUUGUACAACCACCACACAGGGACAUUCAAGAACAAGAGUGAGAUACUCACACACCAGGAGACCAUCCAGGAUACCCACGGAAUCAAGACCCAAUUCCCUGGAGAAUUUUUGCCCCCUCCCCAACCAUCCCCCAUCACUUCCAGAGCUAACAUCAGACACUGGAUCAACCCUAAGAAGGAGUCUAUUCACAGCAUACAGGGAUCCAUAGUGUCCCCUCACACUGCAGCCACCAAUGGAGGGUACUCCCGAAAGAAUGAUGGUGGCUUCUUCUCCACCUAAGUGUUGACAGGCCCCUGGACUGAUCAUUGUGGAACAUCCCGCCGACCACCUCCAUUAAAUAGAUUUGUGUAAGUUGAA